AUGGCCGCUCCAUCCGCAGCUACCGCCUCACGUCAACCGACUGACGCCGAGCACCCCAGGAUGUCCCACGAAUCAUCCAUCUCGACCGUUUCCACAACGAGCCUCGUCUUCGACCGACUCCACGAGCAGAAUGAGAAGCAGACCUACUCUUCUUCCGCAUCCGCCUCCCAGAGGCGACGCACCCCGUCCACCUCCCGCGCCGCGUACGCCGAUAACCCCGACGACUACGACGAGGACGAGUUCAAGGAGGCCGAUACCAAUGACCUCGAGACGGGGCCGUUCUUGGCGCCCGGUGCCGCCGGCGUCAUCCGGAGGGUCGGCAUGGACCGCGGAUUGAAGAAGGGCUUGUUAAUACUCGGUGUCGCGUUUCUGUUCGCAUGGGGAACUGCGUUGUUCGUCUUCCUGUCGAGCAAAUCGUACAGGCACGGAAGCCAGGUCGACCACGACCCGGAGGCGACCUUUCGCGGGUCAGGAAAGCCGGUGACAUUAGACCAGGUCAUGUCAGGCUUCUGGCAGCCAUAUUCGCAUUCCAUCAGCUGGAUCGAGGGGCCGAACGGGGAGGAUGGAUUGCUGCUGGAGCAAGGCGCCCGGGGCAAGGACUACCUCGUAGUGGAAGACAUCAGGGCGGGCAACAAGGAUGCUCGUCAAGUGUCUGCCGACGUCGUCCAAAGCCGCACGCUUAUGAAGAACCCUUGGAUCGAGUUCAACGGUCGCCAAUUGACGCCGUUCGACGGGCGGCCGAGCAAGGACAUGAAGAAGGUGCUCGUCUCGACCGACCGCGUGCACAACUGGCGCCAUUCGUUCACUGCCCUGUACUGGAUCUUCGACGUCGAGACCCAGACUGCCGAGCCCCUUGACUCUGAGAACCCCUCCGGACGUGUGCAACUUGCUACUUGGAGCCCGCAGAGCAAUGCAAUUGUCUUCACCAGGGACAACAACCUCUUCCUCAGGAACUUGGACAGCAAGAAGGUCACUCAGAUCACUAAGGACGGUGGUCCGGAGUACUUCUACGGCAUCCCCGACUGGGUGUACGAGGAGGAAGUCUUUGCCGGCAACAGCGCGACCUGGUUCUCGCAGGAUGGCAAGUACAUCGCCUUCCUGCGGACGAACGAGACUGGUGUUCCUGAGUACCCGCUGCAAUACUUCCUAUCAAGACCCAGCGGUCAGAAGAAGCCGCCCGGCGAGGAGACCUACCCGGACGAGAAGCGCAUCAAGUACCCUCGCGCAGGCAGCCACAACCCCGUUGUGGAUGUGCUGUUUUACGAUGUUGCGCGUGGUGAUGUCUUCUCCGUCGACAUCUCCGACGCCUUUCCUGACGACGACAGGCUGAUCAACAUGGUUCUCUGGGCCAAUUCCAAGGUUAUUAUCAAGGAGACCAACCGCGUGAGUGACAUCAUGCGUGUGGUACUCGUUGAUGUUGUCGCCCGCACUGGAAAGACGGUCAACACGAUCGAUGUCGGCAAGAUUGAUGGAGGCUGGUUUGAGAUUUCUCAUGAGACUCAAUUCAUCCCAGCUGAUCCUGCGAAUGGUCGUCCUGAUGAUGGUUACAUCGAUGCGGUCGUUCACGACAACGGUGACCAUAUCGCAUACUUCACUCCCUUGGAUAAUCCCGAGCCUAUCUACGUCACCUCUGGCAACUGGGAAGUCGUCGGUGGUCCGUCUGCCGUGGACCUGAAGAACAACCUGGUGUACUUCGUCUCUACUAAGGAGUCCUCCAUCCAGCGUCAUGUCUACAGCGUUCACCUGAACGGAACAGAUCUCAAGCCAUUCACUGACACCAAGUUCGAGAGCUACUACGACAUCUCUUUCUCCAGCGGCGCCGGAUUCGGUCUCUUGUCGUACCUCGGUCCCAAGGUUCCCUGGCAGAAGGUCGUCAGCACGCCCAGUAACCCGCAGAAGUAUGAGCACAUCGUCGAGGAGAACAAGGAACUAGCCGAGAACGCCAAAAGAUACGAGCUUCCCUUGCUCAAAUACGGCACCAUCAAGGUCGAUGACGUCGAGCUCAACUAUGUCGAGCGCCGCCCGCCGCACUUCAGCGAGAAGAAGAAGUACCCUGUCCUCUUCCAGCAAUACUCCGGCCCCGGCUCUCAAUCAGUCGACAAGAAGUUCUCCGUCAAUUUCCAGUCCUAUGUCGCCUCGGCCCUAGGCUACGUCGUUGUCACUGUCGAUGGCCGUGGCACAGGCUUCAUCGGCCGCAAGGCCCGCGUUCUAAUUCGCGAGAAGCUCGGCCACUGGGAGGCGAUUGACCAGAUCGCCGCCGCGAAGAACUGGGCCGCCAGGAAGUACGUCGACAGCUCCCGCAUCGCCAUCUGGGGAUGGAGCUACGGCGGUUUCCAGACGCUCAAGACGCUCGAGAUGGACGCCGGCCAGACCUUCAGCUACGGCAUGGCCGUCGCCCCCGUCACCGACUGGCGGUUCUACGACUCCAUCUACACGGAGCGCUACAUGCGCACGCCGCAGCUGAACCCGGACGGCUACGAGCAGACGGCCAUCACCAACGUGUCUGCCCUGGCCGGCAACGUGCGCUGGCUGAUGAUGCACGGCGUCUCCGACGACAACGUCCAUUACCAGAGCACUCUCACACUUCUCGACAAGCUUAACCUCGAGGGAGUUGAGAAUUACGACGUGCACGUUUUCCCUGAUAGCGACCACGGUAUUUACUUCCACAAUGCGAACAAGAUCGUUUACGACAAACUUAGCAACUGGCUCAUCAACGCCUUCAACGGCGAAUGGCUCAAGAUCACCGACGCAAAGCCCAUGAUCGAACCGAAAGAGAAGGAGCGCAGAUCGAGCGUCGAGGCUUUGCCCGUGUAUUAA